AUGGAGAAGGAGAUGGUUGCAGAUAAAGGAGAAAAUGAGCACGACAUUGUGAUCGUUGGCCCGGAAUUGGCGGCCUUGCUACUGCACUUGCUCUUCACUGGUCCGGCCCUUCUUCUUCUCAUCUUAACUCUUUUCUACAACCAAAUAACCGAAGACAUUCUGAAAGGGUUCAAAGAUGUGGUAGUUUAUGAAAGUUCAGAGAGACUGCGAGUUGAGGGAACCGCGAUGCGGGUAAGUAUGAACGGAUGGCGGGCUCUUGAUCAACUCGGUGUUGGACCUCAGCUCAGGAACAAGGCUAUUCUUCUUCAUGGAGAAGAAGAUGUAUGGAUUGACCGAGGAAGGAGAGCGAAUGUGCCGAUAAAUGGUGAAGUUCGUUGUUUGAAAAGGAGAGACGUGAUAGAGGCUCUUGCUGAUGCUCUACCGCCUAAAACCAUACGAUUUGGAUGCAAAGCGAUCGCUGUGGAGACGGAUCCUCAAAGUAUGUCCCCUGUCCUUCAACUUACUGAUGGAAGGGUUGUUCGAGCUAAGGUUCUGAUUGGAUGUGAUGGCUUAUAUUCCAAAGUGGCAAAUUACCUUGGAUUGAAACCUCCAUCAGUACUUGGUGUUGGUUGUGUCAGAGGCCUGACGAACUACCCAAAUGGUCAUUGCUUUCUUUCUGUAUCAAUCCGAAUGAAGAGAGAUCAAGGUGUCGUCAAUUUGAUUGGACGAAUUCCUAUCAAUGAUAAGUUGGUGUAUUGGUUUGUUGGUCUUAAAAUGUCUCAGCUCGAUGAGAAAUAUCCAAAUGAUCCAGAGCUUGUCAAACAGGAAACCUUGAAACACGUAACGGGUUUUCCACCUGAUGCAAUAGAGAUGAUAGCAAAAAGUAAUGUAGACUCGGUUUCAUUUGCACACUUGAGAUAUCGCCUUCAAUGGGAGAUACUUAUGGGAAAGUUUUACAAAGGAUCAGUGACUGUACUGGGGGAUGCAAUGCAUGCAAUAGGGUCAUUUUUGGGACAAGGCGGUUCAGCAGCCUUAGAAGAUGCAAUGGUUCUUGCAAGGAAUAUGGGACAAAAGGUUCUUUGUUUGGGUCAAUCUGAUGAAGGGGGGCAACAAAUUAUGAACCCGGAAAGGAUUGAAGCAGCGUUUGAUCAAUAUGUCAAAGAGCGAAGGAACAAAAUCCUGCGAUUAUCAUUGCAAACGCACCUAAUUGGUGUGAUUCUGGGAAGCACAUCAUCCGUGGCCAAAUUUAUCGCAGUUUUCAUAUUGCUCACCGUGUUUAGAGAUGAAAGUGCGCAUUCUAAAUAUGAUUGUGGCAAACUCUGAAAAGACUAUCAAGAAAACAUAACUACAAUGUCCAUGUGUCACAUGGCAUGGAUGUCUAUCUUCACUUUCAGAUAUCUACUAGUAAUUCUGGACUUUGAUUCUCUUGUAAUGUGUGCAAUAAAUGUAUAAUGGAGAAAACGAGCUCAGUAGAGUUCAAAAACAUCAUUAAGAUUGAUGAUUAAGUCAAUACUGUCUUUAUACUUGUGGAACUUCUCUUGGCAACUCUAAUGAAGAUGGUGC